AUGGAUCCCGUCACGGCUUUCGGGCUCGUGGCGGGGAUCGUGCAGCUGGGGUCUUUUGUGGCAGAUCUCGCGGGGAACUUGCGUCGUUCGCGACAUCAAGGAGGACAACUGAUCAGGCUCCGGGAUAUACUUCAAGAACUCUCCCAGCUGAGGCUCCGAAUCGGCGAGGAUGAUCCAGACGUCGAGAGGGUGGUGCGGCUGGUGGAGAAGUGCAGGAACCUGCUCGAGGAGCACGACCCGAAGCUGAGAACCUCGCGCGGCCUUACCUUCAAGUGGCCGGCGAGUCUCGAGAAUGAGAUCCGGAUCAUCAACGAAGACCUCACGCGGAUGUACACGAGGCUGCUGCUACACCGCGUCGACUUCCCUCCGACACCAAGUUCAUUCGGCAGUCAACAGGAUCAAGCAGCGCGGACACCUACCCUUCCGCCCUAUGCACUGCUACCAGAGCCUGCACUCACUCCAGCCCUCAGUCGCAGAGGCUCCCUGGAGUUCAUCGACCUCCCAGCCACCAUCUCCCUUGGGGAAGACGGCCCCAAGCUCACGCUGCAGCACGUAAACAUCCUGGAGCGGGACAACGCCUCCCGCAUCCUCCAGUACGAGAGCGGCGACAAGCAGGUCAUCGUCACCCACCGCAUCCCCUUCGGCACCAAGCCCAACGCGGACGGCGACGUGCGCGCGCGGCGGGUCAACUUCCUCGCGCAGCACGAGGUCACGGUCGAGGACCGCGACGGCUUCCGCAUCUACUCCGUGGACCCGACCUACGUCUUCGGCAGCUCCGCCAACUGCGCGAGCUUCAUCGCCAAGGUGCGCGAGCGAGAGCUCGUCGCGACCUUCCUGCCGCGCGAGAUCCGCCGCGGAGGCGAGACGCGCGCCAGGGCAAAGGUUCUUCGCGUGUGGAGGAAGUCGAACGAGAGUGCCAGCAACCCUCGGCCUCUGGUCACGUUGGGCUUCCACGAUCGUGUCGAGGGCCGGCAGAUCGAGCUGGAUGUGAGGCUGUACGACCGCAGCGUGACGUUGACCAAGGACAAGAAGGUGCUUGAUAUCUGGAGGACGGAUGGGUCCAGCAAGUUGUCCUUGUCCUUCGACAAUGCGAAGGAUGCGAAGAGCUUCCUCGAUGUCUACCAGGACGUUCAUCCAGGCAAGCCUUCGGCUUCGCCGGCUUAUCCGCCAUCACUACCGCCUCUCAACUUCUGA